CGCUGAUCGUCCCGCACCGCCAAGCGCUAUCAUCCAGGAUGACCAACCGCGUUCGCGGCAUGCCGUUGCUUAUCCUCGCUGUUCUGAAUUUUCUCGUUCUGGGCGUUGUCGUAUCCGUGCGAUAUUACAGGCAACGAUAUCAUGUACUCGGCGUCGCCACACAGGCCUAUGUCAUCUCCCUCCCACGACGCGACACCCGCCGCACAGAUAUGCAGCGCCUUGCCAGAAUGAUGGGCACGAGCUGGAACUUCGUCGACGCAACCGACAUGACGGACUCGGCCGUCUCCCGAAUUUUCAGCAACGUGCGUCACACCCGCGAAGCUGCGCUCGCAGACCUCGACCAUGGAUCCUAUACUCAGCUCUCUGACGAGAUCGAUAUUCCCUUCGCAUGGCCUGAGGAUAUCGACUACCUGGCGGCUGGCAACUCUCAUGUACCCUCUGCCACCUCCGAUCUCUGGCCGACUCUGUCUGCCAGUUCUCCUCCGACUCCCUGGCAAAUGGCUUGUGCAGAGUACGACUUCACGCUGUCUCCCUAUACUUCAAAUACGCCGAGUUGGCUGCUUCUCACACCCCCACGCGUAGCCUGCUGGCAGUCUCACAUCUCCGUCAUCCGCCGCAUAGUCGACGAAGGUCGGGACGGGCCCUUCAUCAUCCUUGAAGACGAUGUGGAUAUGGAGAAGGACACAGCGCGUCGGCUACGUGAUCUAUGGCCUCUGCUCCCUUCAGACUGGGACGUCGUCUUUCUCGGUCACUGCUGGUCGAACGAAGCGCACCACCCUCCACUCAACCCUGACCACUCCCCAACCUUUCCCUUGCGACAAACCCGACUGCACCCCUCCAUGGCCCCGAAGUGCACUCACGCAUACGCUCUCUCGCGAAGUGGCGCACGGCGACUUCUGCUGCACCUCCGACACGCUCCGUUCGCGUACUCUCGGGCUAUCGACCAAGCCUUCGCCUGGCUUGUCACUACCAAGCGUAUCAAGGGCUUCUCCGUCGUCCCCAGCGUCGUCAUUCAGCGGAAGGCGGACAACAGCGACAUCAAUACCAAUACGACGAAGGCAUGGAAGGACGAUUUGGCUGAUGGAUGCUUCGCUCAUUAGACAUUGUAUGGCUGGUUCUGUUCUAAGUACAUCAAAGUCCGUUUACGCGGUGAUAUAUAAUGCAAACAUCGCAGAGGGAUUAUACAUGGGCGGAGCUCCUCUACGACGACUGUUCUUGUCUCUCGCCCUGCUGACCUGGGCUUUGGGUCGCCUUGCGGCCUGCUCGAAGAAGUGAUAUCAACAAAGCAAGUUCUCGAAUAAAAUAAGCAGUCCAAAGUCGCAAAUAAAGACCCAGUUCGUGGAUAUCUACACCGCACUGAGCGAAG